UACCGGCCAUUUUACUUUUUCUCGAUCGUCAUCGAAGAGAAAGUUUUUGUGACCCCACUAAUUUCCAGACCACUAAAAUUAAUUAGUUUUUAUUUUAAUUGAAACUUAGUGAGUUAAUUUUGAAUUUUAAAAAAUGUGUGGAGGCGGAUCUUGCUUGAGUUGUAUAGGUUACAUCCUCCUAAAUUUGAGCAUCCUGGCUUGCCUGGCUGCAUUCUGUUCGCCAUUCUGGUUAGAAUACAAUCUCACCUUUAAAGGGGCUUUUAGCGAUCCACUGAAUAGUUUAAAGAGCUUCUCCACAAAAUGGGAGGGUCUGUGGGGAGAGUGUGACAAGGAUAUGCAGUGCCGCUGGGUCUGGCAGGAUGAUUUUGCAUUGGAAAAGACCCUUCCAGAUUGGAAAAAGGCAUCUCAGGGCUUGUAUGCAGGUGGUGUCGUCUUGAUCCUUGUUUCAGUGCUCAUCUCUUCAUUGCACCUCUGCUGCUGCUGUUGUAAAGGAUCAUUCUCCAUUCGUUCUGCCAUGGGAAGUCUUGUGCUUGCCGGAGUACUGUGCAUUGCUGCUUCCCUGGCAGUGUAUGGAGGAUUUUUGUACAAGGAGGAUAAACUUUCAGAAGCCCUGACAUUUGCCUGGGGCUACUACCUUGGCAUCGCUGGGGUGUGUGCCUGUUUUGUCGCUUCCCUCUUGUUCUUCCUCGAUGGAUGCUUCAACAGGAAUCACGAAGGGUACCACAUGACACGCGUUGUUUAAAAGUUAAAUACUCUCUGCCGUGUGCACACUCUUGUAUUGUUGUGGGUGACGAUAAACAAUUGGGACAUGUGUAUAUGUAUAUAGUGAUGAGGUGGGUGUGUGAAUGAAUAACAUAUAUUUUUUUAUAAAAUCUUAGAGGGUCUUACCUGGAUCUAUAUGAACAACAAACAAAUGUGUACAACUUACAUGUUGGUAGGUAAGAUUUUUGUUGUAUCUACCUAUGU